AGGACAGUACUGAGAGUGGAAGGAAUAGAGCAGUGCCUUAGACAUAGACCCCACUACCCACAGCCCAUUGGAUUCUGGAAAGUGGUCCUGUCUUGUGAGAUACUCAGCUAAGAAGAAGGAAAUACAGAAGAACUUGGGUGCUGUGCUAGAGCUAAAGCUUUUUUCCAGAGGGAGGACAGCACAGCUAGAAGAGAAAUGGAAGCAUCAUCUGUCCUUCCAUGCAAGUGGUGUACCCACUUGCAAGGGCUUCUGCUCACAGCCUCCUUUUUAACUUGCUGGCAGCUGCCUACCACUGCACAAAUAACCAUGGAAUUAGUGCCACCCCAUGUGAUUGAAGGAGAAAAUGUUCUCAUACGUAUCGACAAUCUGACAGAGAAUCUUAUAACCUUAGCCUGGUUCAGAGGAAUGAGGAUUAAGAGCCCUCAAAUUGGACAAUAUACACUGGCCACUAAUGUUACUGUGCUGGGGCCUGGACACAGUGGUAGAGAGACUUUGUACAGCAAUGGAUCCCUGCAGAUCAACAAUGUCACCCAGGAGGACAUAGGAUUCUACAGCCUACGAAUCAUAAAUAGACAUGCAAAAAUUGUGUCAAUAAUAUCCAUAUACCUCAACGUGUACUCAUCUCUUUGGACAUGUGAGCACCCUUCUCCCCAUGCCAAGCUCACCAUUGAAUCAGUGCCACCGGGCUUUUCUGAAGGGGGAAGUGUUCUUCUACUGGUUAAAAAUCUCCCCCAAAAUCUUCUAUCCCUUUUCUGGUACAAAGGAGUUAUUGCAGUGAAGAAAUUUGAGGUUGCCAGAUACAUAAAAGCCACAAAUUCAAGUGUUCCAGGGCCUGCACACACUGGUCGUGAGACAGUAUACAGCAAUGGAUCCUUGCUGCUACAUGAAGUUAUGCAGAAUGAUACUGGAUUCUAUACUCUACGAACUAUGAGUACAGAUCUGAAAGAUGAAGUAGCACAUGUGCAACUGUUCAUGGACACCUACCUUUUGACUUGCUAUCCCCCUUUGCAAGUCAAGAUCGAAUCACUUCCUCAGAAUGUUGCUGUAGGGAAAAGUGUUCUUCUCCUAGUUCGUAAUUUGCCUGAAGACUUUCAAGCAUUUUUCUGGUACAAAUCAGCAUAUAGAAGAGAUACAUACAAAAUUGCAGAAUACAAGAGAGCCAUGGAUGCCACCAUUUUGGGGAGUGCAUACAGUUCAAGAGAGUUUAUAUACAACAACGGAUCCAUGCUGAUAAUUGAUGUCACUGAGGAUGAUGCAGGAUAUUUCAUGCUAGAAAUUUUAAGAGAAGACUUAAAGAUUGAAAAAGCCUACAUUGAACUCCAUGUAAAUAGCUUUGUUUCAAACUCCAAGGACUCUGUCUCCACUGCAAGGCUCAGCAUAGAAUCAGUGCCACCGAGCAUUGUUGAAGGGGGAAGUGUUCUUCUACUGGUUCACAAUCUCCCAAAAAAUCUUCAAUCCCUUUUCUGGUACAAAGGGAUGAUUGCUGAGAAGAAAUCUGAGCUCAUCCAACACAUAAUAGCCACAAGUUCAAGCUUGCCAGGGCCUGCACACAGUGGUCGAGAAACAGUGUACAGCAAUGGAUCCCUGCUGCUCCAGAGGGUCAUGCAUAAUGAUACUGGAUUCUAUACUCUACGAACUAUGGAUACAGAUCUGAAAUAUGAAGUAGCACAUGUUCAACUCCAGCUGGACACUUCCCUUUCUACUUGGUAUCACCCUUUGCAAGUCAAGAUCGAAUCACUUCCUCAGAAUGUUGCUGUAGGGAAAAGUGUUCUUUUUCUGGUUCAUAAUUUUCCAGAAGACUUUCGAGCAUUUUCCUGGUAUAAACCAGCAUAUAAGUCAGAUACAUCCAAAAUUGUAGAAUACUACAGAUUGACGGAUUCUGCCACCGUGGGGACAGCAUACAGAGGAAUAGAGGUGAUAUUCACCAACGGAUCCAUGGUGAUGAUUGAUAUCACUGAGGACGAUGCAGGGUUUUACAUGCUAGAAAUUUUAAGAAAAGACUUCAAAGUUGAAAAAGCCUAUGUUCAACUCCAUGUAAAUAGCUUUGUUUCAAACUCCAAGGACUCUGUCUCCACUGCAAGGCUCAGUAUAGAAUCAGUGCCACCGAGCAUUGUUGGAGGGGAAAGUGUUCUUCUACUGGUUCACAAUCUCCCAAAAAAUCUUCAAUCCCUUUUCUGGUACAAAGGUGUGAUUGCCGAGAAGAAAUCUGAGCUCAUCCAACACAUAAUAGCCACAAGUUCAAGCUUGCCAGGGCCUGCACACAGUGGCCGAGAAACAGUGUACAGCAAUGGAUCCCUGCUGCUCCAGAGGGUCAUGCAUAAUGAUACUGGAUUCUAUACUCUACGAACUAUGAGUACAGAUCUGAAAUAUGAAAUAGCACAUGUGCAACUCCAGCUGGACACUUCUACUUGCUGUAACCUUCUCACCUCUGAUGAACUCAAAAUUGUACCAGUGCCUCGGAAUAUUGCUGUAGGGAAAAGUGUUCUUCUCGUUGUUUGUAAUGUGCCAGAAGACGUUCAGACAUUUUUCUGGUACAAAUCGGUGUAUAGAACAGAUAUUUUUAAAAUUGCAGAAUAUAGCAGAGCCAUGGAAUCCACUAUCUGGGGGCUUGCACACAGUGGAAGAGAGAUGGUGUACACUAAUGGAUCCCUGCUGAUUCAGAAUGUCACUGAGCAUGAUGCAGGAUUGUAUAUGUUAGAAAUUUUACAUAAGGACUUCAAACUUGAGAGAGCACACGUGCAAGUCCAUGUAAAUAACCCUGUUUCAUGGCCUUUUGUGCGAGUGACUGACACCACAGUCAGAGUACAGAGCUCAGUAGUCUUCACUUGCUUCUCAGCUGACCCUGGUGUCUCCAUCCAUUGGCUCUUCAAUAAGCAGAGUCUGCAUCUCACAGAGAGAAUGACACUUUCCCCAUCAAAGUGCCAACUCAGCAUAGAUCCCGUCCGGAGGGAGGAUGCUGGAAAGUAUCAAUGUGAGGUCUCCAACCCAGUCAGUUCAAAGUCCAGUCUCCCAGUUCGUCUGGCUGUGAUAGAAGAGUGACCUCUCUCCUCUCAUCCUACAGUGGAGUGGUGUCAUUUCCUUAUUGAUGGGGUGCAAAAUGGAGAUGAGUUAAGUGGUAAAAGUUGUCAGUUACCACUCAUGUACUGCAUUCAUUGUUACUCAUACCUGUAGUCCUGACAUAAUCAUGUGUGGAAGGACAGGCCAUGAUUUAAUGUGAAACCUGUUUUCCAAAGCAAAAUAAAGACAUCAAUAUA